CUAACCUGCCGCACAGCCCUGUCAGAAUGAGGACCCGGGGCAGAUCGUUGCUGAUAGCUCUCUGUGCAUUGGUUAUCUUCUGUGGCGCUCAAGGUGCUGUGAAUAUACCUUCAAAAGCUCAACACUUCCAGCAGUGCCGCGAGAAUCCAAGUCUAUGCCCGAAUAAUUCCAGAUGUGAGGAAGCAUCUGGAACUGACAAAUAUUGCAUCUGUAACUCCGGGUUUUAUAAUAAGGUCGAAGAUACUCAUGUUUCUUACCCAAAUGGAUCUUGUACAGACAUCGAUGAAUGUACCAAGAUUAACGCCUGCACCAAGCAAGCUACCUGCAUUAACACCGUGGGUAGUUACCAGUGUAACUGCCUCCCUGGAUACAUCAAGCAAGAUAUUAACCAAUCAGGAAAAAAUGUCAUUUGUGAAGAUGUAACCAAAUGCACAAGACCGACUGACUGUCCUGCAAAUUCCAAGUGUGAACGGUCUAGCUGCUACUGUGAGAGGGGAUUUAAUAACCCAAAAGGAGGAACGAAUAUCAGGCGUGAUGAGAACUGUGCAGAUAGAGAUGAAUGUCUUCUCAGCCCAUGUGCCUACCCAGCUGUUUGCAAUAAUAUCCCAGGCAGCUUUUCCUGUGACUGCCCUGAGGGUUAUACCAAGUACGACAUAAUUAGAGGGAGCCGGAAUCUCACUUCAUGCACAGAGAUAGAAGGAUUUUUUACAAGAACCUCUCCUCCAACAACUGUCAUCACCUCCACUAUCCUCCCAGCCACCGACCCUUUUACCUGCCCUGUUGGGUAUGCUGUGAUUUCAACAGCAAAUGGCAUGGAGUGCUCAGAGAUAGAAGGAUUUUUUACAAGAACCUCUCCUCCAACAACUGUCAUCACCUCCACUAUCCUCCCAGCCACCGACCCUUUUACCUGCCCUGUUGGGUAUGCUGUGAUUUCAACAGCAAAUGGCAUGGAGUGCUCAGAGAUAGAAGGAUAUUUCAGAAGAACCUCUCCUCCAGCCACUGUCAUCACCUCCACUAUCCUCCCAGCCACCGACCCUAUUACCUGCCCUGCUGGGUAUGUGAUGAGUUCCACAGGGAAAGGCAUGGAGUGCUCAGCAAUUAAAAACUUAUGUGAGACAUAUCUGCAAGAGCAAAACAAAACUCUGAGUUAUUGUAAUCAAGAGGAUCCCCAUUGCCAUCUUCAGAGGUCCAUUUACCACAUCCUGAAAUCUUCUUGCCAGAAUGGAACCAAUUUAGACAUUGAGAACAUCACAAAUUCUGCCUCUCAGAUCCUCAGCAACGAUUCUUGGUCUAAUCUCAACUCUUCUGAAGUCAGAACUGUUAUCAAUGGACUCCUGGGGAAUGUGGAAUUAUCAGUAUUGGAAUUAUUUUCUAUAAAUCCCACCAAUCGCAAUUUCAGCACCCCUGAGAUAGAUGUUGCUACCAAGGUGGCCCAAGAAAACUGUUCUUUCCUAACCAUAACGGUGGGACUCAACAGGAUGCAAGUGUCAUGUGACCUCCUUCCUAAACCCGAAGACGGAGCUGUCUUCAUUUCAUACAGGAACCUCGACUCCAGGUUAAGUGGGAGUUCCCUGCUGGAUUUGGAAGACCCUGAGGAAGAACGCACUGUAUUGAUUAAUUCACAGGUGGUGACUGGAAGCAUCACAAGCCAAAAUAAGGAAAACUUGAACCCCCCGGUAACCUUCUACCUGAAUAAUCUGCAGGCCCCAGACACUUCCAAAAUAUCUUUGUGUGUAUACUGGGAUCCCAAGCUGAGUGGAUGGUCCCAGAGAGGCUGCAACAUCAUAUUUUCCAAUAUCUCCCACACCCUCUGCUCCUGUGAUCAUCUCUCCACCUUUGCGGUUAUCAUUGCUCCCUGUGAUAUAAAGGUUGAUCGUGGCCUUCUCUACAUCUCUCGCAUUGGUCUUGGUGUAUCUGUUCUCUGCCUCUUUUUGUCUCUUGUCACAUUCCUCCUGUGCCGGUCCCUAAGGAGCGCUCACACCUCCAUGUUGAUAGCACUAUGCGGAUGUCUCUUUCUGGGACAGCUGAUCAUCCUGUUUGGCCUACCCCAAACCCAGUUCAGAAUACUCUGCUCUAUCAUUGCUGGCUGUCUCCAUUACAUUCUCCUCUGUGCUUUCUGCUGGAUGACUCUGGAGAGUGUCCUCCUCUUCCUCACUGUGAGAAACCUGAAUGCAAUGAACUACUUGACAUCCCGACGCUCUCACUUCCCAACUGCCUGUAUCAUUGGGUUUGGGGUUCCCGCAGUUAUAGUGGCCAUCUCAGCAGCAGUUCGUUAUGAUGGAUAUGGUACAGGGAAAAGUUGUUGGCUCAGUCUAAAUCUCAUUUGGAGUUUCCUCGGCCCAGUUUGUGUCUUCAUCACUAUAAAUACCACACUCCUGGUUUUAACAUUCUGGAUUCUCCGAGCGAAGCUUGCAUCUCUAAACGCAAAUGUCUCAAGUCUUAAGAACACCCGGUUACUGGCCUUCAAGGCCCUGGUUCAGCUGUUCAUACUUGGAUCUACUUGGAUCCUUGGCUUCUUCCAGUGUGGACCUGGGGCCAUUGUGGCAUCGUAUCUGUUCACCAUCUGCAACAGCCUUCAGGGGGCGUUCAUCUUCCUUGUGCACUGCCUGCUCAAUCACCAGGUAAGGGAGGAAUAUCGCAAAGUUUUCCAUCGGCUGCAUGUUCAGAAGCCAGAGUCGGAGGGAGUAUCGGGCAGCACUGUUCCUAUGACCCUGAAAUCGGUAACUGUGUCCGAUGUGAUAAAAUCUGAUACUGUCAUAGAUCAUCACUCUGAAAUGAGUAAGACUGAAUGGUGUAAGUCUUGAAGAUAUCAGAUCAUUGAAGAAAGGAACUGGGGGCUGAGCGUAACCUCCCCGUGGCCCGUGGCAAAGACUCCGCACUUUUU